AUAACACGCAUGCGUAGAAAGAAGACCGUUAGCUAGCUGUCAGAAAGGAGUACUGGAUCGAGGUGUGAGACUGACGUUGAAUCGAAUCGAACUAGAUCCACUCUAUUAACGGGACUCUUCCACAGCAGCGUUGAAGCCACGUCGAAACCUAUUUCGUUGAUUUUUACCACUUCAGGCGCGUAAUCAGACGGAAUAACAUAUCACUAUAAUAAAAGACACUGGUACCGGGCCGGGGUCUGGGCCAGUGUCUGUUGUUGUUCUGUGUCCAGAACCGGACCACGCCGGUACCGAAUUUUCCUGUGGCCGCAAAACGUAUAUUUCAGAACAGUCGACGCAAACCUUGAAGUGUGGAUGGUGGAGGCAACAGCUGGGUGACUGGACCUCGGAAUCCUGCUUUGAAUAUUUCUGUCUGACUAACUUAUCUAGCGAGUUAAUUGGCUCUCCCGGUUCGCUUUCACCCAUCCCCUGCAUCCCUCUUGGGCUGUCACUAUGGGUAACCGGGGGAUGGAGGACUUGAUCCCACUGGUGAAUAGACUUCAAGAUGCCUUCAGCACCAUCGGCCAGAGCUGCAACCUUGACCUGCCACAGAUCGCCGUUGUUGGUGGACAAAGCGCAGGAAAGAGUUCGGUUUUGGAGAACUUCGUUGGAAGGGACUUCCUGCCCAGAGGAUCGGGGAUCGUCACACGAAGGCCUCUUGUGCUGCAGCUGAUCAGCACAAACACAGAGUAUGCAGAGUUCCUGCACUGUAAGGGGAAGAAGUUCACGGACUUCGACGAGGUGCGCCAGGAGAUCGAGGCGGAGACGGACCGCGUCACCGGGGCCAACAAGGGCAUCUCGCCCGUGCCCAUCAACCUGCGCGUGUACUCGCCGCACGUGCUCAACCUCACCCUCAUCGACCUGCCGGGCAUCACCAAGGUGCCGGUGGGGGACCAGCCGGCCGACAUCGAGUACCAGAUCAGAGACAUGAUCAUGCAGUUCGUCUGCCGGGAGAACUGCCUCAUCCUGGCCGUCACCCCCGCCAACACCGACCUGGCCAACUCCGACGCCCUCAAACUGGCCAAAGACGUGGACCCUCAGGGCCAGCGCACCAUUGGCGUGAUCACCAAGCUGGAUCUGAUGGAUGAGGGCACGGACGCCCGCGAAGUGCUGGAGAACAAGCUGCUGCCCUUGCGCAGAGGCUACAUCGGGGUGGUGAACCGCAGCCAGAAGGACAUCGACGGCAGGAAGGACAUCAAGGCCGCGCUGGCGGCCGAGAGGAAGUUCUUCCUGUCGCACCCCUCCUACAGGCACAUGGCCGACAGCAUGGGCACGCCGCACCUGCAGAAAGUCCUGAAUCAGCAACUCACAAACCACAUCCGGGACACCCUCCCUGCAUUCCGCAGCAAGCUGCAGACGCAGCUGCUCUCCCUGGAAAAGGAGGCCGAGGAGUACCGCCACUUCCGCCCGGAUGACCCCGCCCGCAAGACCAAGGCCCUGCUGCAGAUGGUGCAGCAGUUCUCGGUGGACUUCGAGAAGAGGAUCGAGGGUUCCGGCGACCAGGUGGACACGGUGGAGCUCUCCGGCGGAGCCAAGAUCAACCGCAUCUUCCACGAGCGCUUCCCCUUCGAGCUGGUCAAGAUGGAGUUUGACGAGAAGGACCUACGUCGGGAGAUCAGCUACGCCAUCAAGAACAUCCACGGCAUCAGGACAGGCCUGUUCACGCCCGACAUGGCGUUCGAGGCCAUUGUGAAGAAGCAGAUAGUGAAGCUGAAGGAGCCGUGCAUCAAGUGCGUGGACAUGGUCAUCCAGGAGCUCAUCAACACGGUGCGCCAGUGCACCACCAAGCUGGCGAACUUUCCAAGGCUACGGGAGGAGACGGAGAGAAUCGUGACCACACACAUCCGGGACCGAGAGGGCCGGGCCAAAGACCAGGUUUUGUUGGUAAUUGACGUGCAGCUCUCCUACAUCAACACGAACCACGAAGACUUUAUUGGUUUUGCGAACGCUCAACAGAGAAGCAGUCAGAUGAGCAAGAAGCGCUCUGCAGGAAACCAGGGCGCGGCGCCUCCACCCUCCAGCCAAAUUGUUAUACGUAAGGGCUGGCUGACCAUCAGCAACAUCGGCAUCAUGAAGGGCGGGGCCAAGGAUUACUGGUUUGUGCUGACGGCGGAGAGCCUGUCCUGGUUCAGAGACGACGAGGAGAAAGAGAAGAAGUACAUGCUGCCUCUGGACAACCUGAAGGUUCGAGAUGUGGAGAAGAGCUUCAUGUCCAGCAAGCACAUGUUUGCCAUCUUCAACACAGAGCAGAGGAACGUGUACAAGGACUACCGGCACCUGGAGCUGGCCUGCGACACCCAGGAGGAGGUGGACAGCUGGAAGGCCUCUCUCCUGCGCGCAGGGGUGUACCCCGAAAAGGCCCCGGUGGACGGGGACAGCUCGGGCCCCUCGGACAACUUCUCCAUGGACCCCCAGCUGGAGCGGCAGGUGGAGACCAUCCGCAACCUGGUGCACUCCUACAUGGCCAUCGUCAACAAGUGCAUCCGCGACCUGAUGCCAAAGACCAUCAUGCACCUCAUGAUCAGCAACGUGAAAGACUUCAUCAACGCGGAGCUGCUGGCCCAGCUCUACUCCGCGGGGGACCAGAGCGUGCUGAUGGACGAGUCGCAGGAGCAGGUGCAGCGGAGGGAGGAGGUGCUGCGCACGCACCACGCCCUGAAGGAGGCGCUGGCCAUCAUCGGAGACAUCUCCACCAGCACCGUCUCCACCCCGCUGCCGCCCCCCGUCGACAACUCCUGGCUGCAGGCCGCCCCCGGCGGGGCCCGCAGGUCGCCACCCCCGAGCCCCACGGCUCCCCGGAGGAUGUCCACGGGCCCCCGGGCCCCCGCGCGCGGCCCCGCCCCUGGGGCCCCCCCCGUGCCCUCCCGCCCCGGGCCCCUCGGACCCUUCAACAACAACAACGUAGACGGAUUCCCGCCCCCCCAGGUGCCCAGCCGACCCAACCGCGCCCCUCCCAGCAUUCCCAGCCGGCGGCCUCCUCCUUCUCCCACGAGACCCACCAUGAUUCGGCCGGGGGACCCCUCCCUGCUGGACUGAGCGUUGAACUGAGCCCCGGGGGGGACCCCCACGACUUAACCCCGCAUGCCCCGCCCCCGCCCCCCGCCCCCCCGCCCAACAUAGCCCCUGUGCUCAGUCUAGCCCCUCUCGGGCCCAGCGUAUCGGCCCCCUGUGCAGUAGUGCCUGUGCUGUGUCUCUGUGUCUCUGUGCUGUGCUCUCCUGUGCUGCAGGUUUGCAGAGUGGCUCUGCUUCUUUACACUGGACCGCGGCCCGUCCGUCUCUCCCGUCUAACCCGAUAGGCUGAACGCCGGUAGUCCUCAGUGUUACACGUGUUAAUAGUGUACUGCCCCUGCACCACCACCAGCCCACCAGACCACCAGACCACCAGUCCCAAACCACAGCAAGACACAGACGCUCCCAGUGUUGCAUGCCUGGGAAACUGCCAUCAUCUUUGUACUGUAAACGAGUUCCAGUAUAUUCACAGUGUUAGCAUAUUGUACGCUCCAGGGCUGAGGGGUUUCUGUGCCCGUUUCUGUUGGAGGUGAGCGGGGCGAGUGCGUGAGGGUGCUGGAGAGAGUGCGGGUCUGUCUCUGGAGCCUUGCUUCUUCCCGUCCUUGUCCUUCAUUUUAGUCACUACGAGGUAUCGUUUCCCAGACUGUUUCCAUCGCUGUGCGUGUGUGUGUGUGUGUGUGUGUGUGCCUGUAUGAUGAAAGCAGAAGUGUUUUUUGGAGGAUUAGGGACCUCAGAGGGAGUUGUGUGUCCACAGCUGUCCGUUAUUGGAAAGCAGUUGGAAGGAAGAGGCGGAAGGUUCUAGUAGGGAGUAUCGCCGACCCCUGCUGUACCUGUGACCCCUGCCGGUCGUGCUCUUCUCUCAGCUGAGACCCCGUCUCUCCUCUCUAACACAAACAGCGCAGAAGUGUGCUGUGGGGAUUGUGGGAAUGCGCUGAGCUUGCAUUAACCCGCAAGAGCUCAGACGCGGCUUAGGAAGACUCCCAGUCCGUCUGUCUGUGCGAUGUUUCAGUGGCCUUCGCCAAGGUUUCCCCCUCUGCUCUCUGACCACCCUGUCUGCCCUGUCCUCCUCCCUGGCUCCUCCCCCUCCCCCCUCUCGGUGUCAGAGUGCUCCUGUGUCUGAGCUCCAGGUCAUUCCACUGUGUGCUGGCUGAGGGCCCCUGUCUGUGGACCCCGGGCCCCUUCCUGUCGGGCUUUCUGUUCUUCCUCUCAGUCAGUGGUGUUCGGCUGUUAGCCUCGUGACCGUAGCGUCUCGCGUGUAACCCCCCAAACUUCUCUGUGCCCCUCACUCUUCUCUCUCCCUCCGAGUCCCCUUUCUUGCUCUCCAAUAAAGCUCUGGUAUUUCCAGUCUCCGUAAGUCUGGUGUGUUCCUUCUGGGGUCCCUGCUCUCUCUCUCUCUCUCUCUCUCUCUCUACCUCUCUCUCUCUCUGAAAACCACAACUCAACACGCUGCCUCCAAGGAAAAAUACAGCCCACUCUCUCCUAUUUCAAACCACAGUCUCCUUACCAACACUUCUCAAAAAAUAAAUAAAAAUGGCCGGUCCUCUGGGCUUUCCGUUCCGUUCGGCACACAAGGAAUGCUCAGAAAUUCCUCUCGCGAAAGGCGAUCGCUUGUUUUGUUUGGUAAAAAUGGAUCUGUUCUUCGUAUUGCUUUUGGAUCCGAGUGUCUGUGUAAUUCAUAAAGCCUCCAUUUCCAGACCGUUGUAAACUGCAGGGCUCCAGUCUGCACUGCUUAAAAUUUUUAAUUUUUUUUUUGCAUUUCAAGACUUGUAGACAAAUCUGCAAACUGAUACGUGACUGUGUUGGUGAUGUGCUCUAAAAUAUCUCAUUCCUUUGUGGUUUUAAGUUUUGGUAGUAGCAAAUUGGGGGGGGGGGGGUGAGAUUUGAACCGGUCCAGCUCAGUGUGGCUGUGCUGCUGGAGCGGGUCCCAUUAGCGCUCAGUGUACAGUGCUGCGUUAGAGAGGAACUCCUCCCGUGACUGAUCCCCUGUCCUUAAUGGCGUCUUGUGUCUGUGUUCUUAUCCAGGAGGCAGGCGCCAGCUGUCCCCGUGAAGUCACCGCACUGAGCUCCUCCCCUCCGCGCAAGCCCCGCCCUUUACCCUAGAAAACUGCUGUAGAGUGACUGGCACUGACCUGUCAAUCAACAGGAUUCGAGUAGUCCUGUCCUCCUUUUUUUGCCUUUGAUUGUACUUGAAUACAACACAGCCCCUCCCCUCAAACUCCCCAACAUGCUGCAGAGGGGUGCCUUUGAGCCACCAGUCCUGCCCCAGCUGUCUAGGCCCCGCCCCAGCUGUCUAGGCCCCGCCCCUUCUCACUCUUUAUUGCUGUGCUCAGUGAUGCAGCACCUUGUGCCACUACAUUUAUGUUGUACAUGUCAAUCAGGCUGCUGGAAUGAUCUUGGAGCCUCCUCCUUUUGUUGAUAUAUUGUACAGAUAUCAUAUCAUAUAUCUUUGUAUGUGUUUAGGUCUCAGUUCUGUGUAAAAAAAAAAAAAAAAAAUGCCCCUCAGGUACCAUGUUUAUCCAGCCCAAAAUAAACAGGGUUUCGGUUUAAAACAUGUCCUAUGCUCUGUGCACACGACUUGGGAGGACUCAAAUCUACAACUACUAGCCAUGUCCCAUGUCUGGCUUCUAAUGUGUCAAAAUGGUUUGAGUAAUUUUAUUGUUCUAUUUUAUUACUGCAAGUUGCAUGAAUGUCACAAGCAAAGCUGGAAAGCUGAAAGUUCACCCUGCAGAAAUGACUGGAAGAGGCAUGCGUGGGAACAGAAGACACAGCAAUACUGUCUGUUAAUUUCUUUAUUAAAGUAAACCUUGCUGCAAUUCCAAAUAAACAGGAUUUUGCAAAC